UCGACUGGAGGUAGUGGCUGAUAGAGUUAGUAUGCGAGAACAAUUUGAAUAAAUGGAGUCUUUUAAAAGGAAAUUAUAUCAGCGCUUGCUGUUUUUUGCGUUUUUUCUUCCAAUCUCAGGUGUUUUGUGUUUUAGUGAGUUAUUUUUUAUUAAAGAGCCCCACGAUGUUACUGUCAUGCGGAAGGAUCCCAUUAUAUUGGACUGUCAGGCGCACGGAGAGUCGCCUAUUGCCAUCAGGUGGCUUAAAAAUGGAGUAAAAGUUGCAGAGAAUGACCGUGUCUACAUUCUCUCCAACGGCUCACUUUCUAUUUCGGAGGUGGAGAGCAGGAGAGGAGACAAAUCAGAUGAAGGGCUUUACCAGUGCCUCGCUCAGAACAAGUAUGGAGCCAUCCUGAGCCAGAAAGUCUGUCUUACAAUUGCGAGUAUCUCCCCCUUUACAAAUCAGCCAACUUCCAUUGUGGUGACAGAAGGAUCAGUCGCCCGUUUCACCUGCAAAGUUACUGCAAGCCCUCCUCCCAUCAUCACCUGGGAGUUCAAUCGGGUCACGUUACCGCUGACAACUAAAAGAAUCACAGUCCUGCCCAGCGGCGUUUUGCAGAUCCAUGGGGUGGAAAAAGGGGAUGCUGGGAACUAUCGCUGUGUGGCGACCAACAUCGCCAACCGUCGCCGGAGUACAGAGGCAACCCUCACUGUCACUCCAGCUCCAAGCCCCAAACUGCCUCAGAGGCCUCGUAUCAUCGCCGGGCCCCAGAAUGCCACUGUGUCCCUGCACCAAAGUGCCAUCCUGGAAUGCAUGGCUACAGGGAACCCCCGACCCCUCAUCUCCUGGAGCCGAGCCGACAGCAAGUCCAUUGACGUGUUCAACACCAAGGUGCUGGGCAAUGGCAACCUCAUCAUCUCUGACAUCAAACCCCAACACGGAGGAGUGUACAUGUGCAGAGCAACUACCCCUGGCACGCGUAACUAUACCAUCGCCACAGCCAACAUCACUGUGCUAGCGCCUCCGACCUUGGUGGAGUGGCCGGAGAGCCUGACCCGUCCGCGUGCGGGCACGGCCCGCUUUGUGUGCCAGGCUGAGGGUGUUCCCCUGCCCCACAUCACUUGGCUGAAGAACGGAGAGAAGGUCCACUCCAACGGACGCAUCAAGAUGUACAACAGUAAACUGGUGAUCAACCAGAUCAUCCCUGAGGAUGAUGCCAUCUACCAGUGCCAGGUAGAGAAUGAGCAGGGCUCUGUGCUGUCCAUGGCCCGGCUCAUAGUGGUGAUGUCAGAGGACAGGCCCAGCGCGCCCAGGAACAUCCGGGCUGACACUGUAUCCAGCUCCGCCAUCUUGCUGGCCUGGGAGAGACCACUGUACAACUCAGACAAAGUGAUCGCCUACUCUGUGCACUACAUGAAGGCUGAAGGCUUGAACAAUGAGGAAUACCAGGUUGUCAUUGGCAACGACACAACCCGGUACAUUAUUGAUGACCUGGAGUCAGCGCGGAACUACACCUUCUACAUCGUGGCCUACAUGCCCAUGGGAGCCAGCCGCAUGUCAGACCAUGUGUUCCAGCACACCCUGGAGGAUGUGCCCCUGCGUGCCCCAGAGCUCAGCCUCACCAGCCGCAGCCCCACAGACAUCCAGUUGUCCUGGCAGCCCCUUGCAGCCAAGCUAAGCCGAGGCCGGGUGUCAGCCUACCGCUUGUCCUAUCGUACCAGUGCCGACCAGGACAUCACUCAGCUGGAGCUUCCUGGGGAGAAAACCCAGUAUCUGCUGGAGGGCCUGCAGCCCGACACCAUCUACCUCCUCCGCAUCGCUGCAGCCACUAGCGUGGGCUGGGGGGAACAGUCAGCCUGGACCUCCCACCGCACCCCUAAGGCGUCCAGCGCCAAAGUGCCUAUGGCCCCUGAGCUACAGUUGGAGCCUCUGAACUGCACCACCAUCAUAGUGCGCUGGCAGCUGGCACCAGGAAACUCUGUCAGCGUCCAGGGCUACAGGCUGUUCUACCACGAGGAGAGCCAGGCUGAGAGUUCCCUCAUCCAGCUGCGUGUCCAGGACAACAGGCACACCAUUGGAGGCCUGGACCCGAGGAAGAAGUACCAUGUGAAGCUACUGGCGUUCAGUUUUUUAGGAGAUGGCUACCAGGCAGACCAAACUAUCAGCACCCCUGGAUGUGUCUCGGUCCGUGAUCGUAUGGUGCCCCCUCCACCACCCCCUCACCACGUGUAUGCCAAGACCAACAGCUCGUCUGCCGUGUUCCUCCAUUGGGGGCGUCCAGCAUUCACCUCCAGCCAGAUCGUCAACUACACCAUCCGCUGUAACCCUGUGGGCCUUCAGAACGCCUCCCUGGUACUCUACCUGCAGACUGCUGAGAAGAACAUUCUGGUCCCGGACUUAGAGCCCAACACCAGGUAUGAGUUUGCUGUCCGCCUGCACCUUGACCAACUGUCCAGCCCCUGGAGCCCUGUGGUCUACCAGAGCACUCUGCCUGAAGCUCCUACUCUGCCACCGUCAGGUGUGAAAGUGACUCUGAUCGAGGACGACACAGCGCUGGUGUCAUGGAAACUUCCAGAUGAGCCCAACUUGGCGGUGACACGUUUUACCAUCCUCUACGCUUCCAGGAAGGCCUGGGUAGCUGGAGAGUGGAAGGUGCUGCAGAGGGAAGGGAGCAUCACCAUGGCUCUACUGGAGAACCUACAGCCAGGGAACAUCUACCUGGUCAAGGUGUCUGCGUCCAACGAUAUGGGAGACGGGCCGUUUUCACACACCGUAGAACUGGCUGUGCAGAACGAUGGCUCCACCUCCGGUCACAACCCCAGGCACUCCCAUGGCUCAGCUACAGUGUUCUCUGGUGGCUUCUACCACCUGGACCAGAAGUCGAUGACCGGGAUCAUCGUGGGGGUUUGCAUUGCACUGAUCUGCAUAAUCAUCUGUGCCUUCAUCCUUGUCUGCAGAGGCAAAAACAGGAAAUCUUCUGCUACUAAAGCCAUCAUGCAGGAGGCUGGUCAGGUCCCCUCUGCUUCGGUCCACCUGGGCUCUGAGGGCCAGGCUGAGAAUGCUGAUGUCAUGGUGCCAAUGAUGAGAGCAGACCACUUCAUUGAUGCCAAGGGUGGAACAAAUCUGAUCAUCAAUAGCCUCGGACCAGUUUAUCCAAUCACUGAGAAGAAAAAUAAGUGGUUUUCCUUCAGAAAUAAGAAAAAACUGAAUGCUAAGAAAAGCCAGAUCCAGAGGAAGAGCCAUGGAAUCUGCUCAUACCAGCCAGGAGUAACAGUGCUGUGCUACGAGGAUGAGUCUCUGUCGUCACCCAACCAGCCCACCUCCCUGCAGGUCCUGUUUGGACCACCUGGUGACACAGAGGGCUCCUCCAACAGUGAAGGCAGCCACGAGACAGGUGACUCGGGCCGUUACUCUCACGACGACAUAGAGAUGACCAACCUGUCCUCUGGGCCCAGCAGCUGCCCUGCGUCUCUGAAAGAGGAGGAGAGUGGGGGGUCAGGCUGCAGUCCUGCCCAGGAGAGUGAGGGUGAGCAGUCUCACCUCGACCUGGACAUUGGAGAUUCCAUGGAGAAACCGUGCAACCAUCACCACGAUCAGGCCCCAGACAAUUCCCAGCCUGCACUUUCUCUCUAGCAGUCUGUGUGACCUCCCAUCAAUCCCUCAACCCUAAACUCACUCCACUGUUCUAAAAGACAAUGAGCAGUUAUCAAAAAAUCCAGGUCUUUGGAAGAACUGGGCUCUGGUUUGGGUUCUGGUGACUUCUAUCAAAGAAUCUUCUAGUGAAUGUGUACUCAUUUUAUUUUUAUUCUAAAUGUUUAUAUGUGUUUGAAAGAAAAAUCUCACCCACCAUGAAUGUUUCAAGAGAUUGUCAAAAAUGUGAAAUGUGACUGUUACAUUUCUGACAUUAUUUAAGAGUUUAUCACUGGAGCAAAGUGUAGAGUGAGCCCUUCUUUUGCUGAUGAUCUACCUCAGUUUACCUCUCGGUAAACUCCAACUAUAUAUUUAAUAAUAACGACUUAUACCUGAGUUAUGGAAGGAGUCUCUUCCUUUAUGGAACAACUAAUACGUCCUGAUGGCAAUUUGUUUUUGCUAGGUCAGACUAGUCCCAUAUUCAUUUUCCUCCUUGUUUGUAAUGAAGUACGGGAUUGUAAGGGUACUGCAGAUCUCACUUAAAGCUUUGUCAUUUUAUUUUUAUCACAGGUUAAUUGGACUAUUUCUCAGGUUACUUGGCUAUGGUAGAUUAAGGGCCAGUACAAUUUACUACAUAAGUUGCUGAAACUCAAUAAUAAGCCAGUAUGACACUUUUCAGGUUAUCCAUAGUAAUAAUGGUUAAGAAUGAAUGUGCAGUUGCCCUUGCAAUUCCUGUUUUAUACUACCUCUUUUUAAGCAUUAUUUUGUUGUGUUAUUAUUCUCCUGAACUCAGGGAACUAUGUUUAGUACAUUUGAAAAGCCAUGUGUAAUGUUCCAUGGUUGACUGACAGGGUAUCUUCUUAGUGCUGAGCUGCUCAUUGUAGAGGGUAGUUGCCAUAGAUCUGUAUUGAAUGUAUCUCUAGAACAUUGUCAGUUACGGUUCAGAGCCUUGUGAUGCCCUACUCACAGGUGGAAAAACCUGUUUGAAUUAAGUUGGAAUUAUGUGUCUGUGGUAUGGCAGGCUAUCUUUUUGGUUAUUUUGCGAAAGAACAUGCCAAAAAUGCUUGUGUCGACGCGUUUCAACACAGCAGACCUUAAAAACUUUAUAAAUGGCCUUAAUGGGGAAAGAGACCCUCAGAUGUCGGAGACAAACAGAAAGGCUCCUAUACCAAAGUCCGAUCCAUCUGAGGUCCAACUCUUUUACACAUGGGGAUGGGAGAAGUAUGAAGAAUGAUUGUUGAAAAGUAAAAGCGUUAAAUCAGUGCGAUGGAAGUGAAUGGAAUGAAUACCAAGAAAGCAUUUUAUCUCUAAAGAUAUCUAUAUUUUUGUCUACGUUUAUGUACUACUGAGUACAGAUUCAAGUUACUUUUUUGUUCUUUAAGUAGUUGAUACUUUACCAUAGAGUAGAAAAAUAAGUUUAGCACUUGUCAGAUUAGUUUGAUUUGUUGAUCACAGCCAAUGUGCAGCGGUGACUGAUGCUAUCAUACAAAGUAAUUGUUUGCUCCCUCUGUUUGUUUUUGAUCUCUCAGUGGGUCACUGGGAAAAUAACAGUGAGGUUUUUCUCAUGUAUUAGACCAAAAAUCGAACGCAGAUCAGCUGAGAUGCUGCUUCCAAGACAAAGCCUUGCACAUGUGUGCCCCCGUUCUGUGACCAACUGAGUUGAGAUGCGGGUUCUCUCAAAGUGCCCCCAGGAUUUUGGGCCCUUGUUAAUGGUUCAAAUGACAAUAAUAAUCAAUGUCAUGCACACUAACCAAAUCAUCCUAUUAUUGGUUUUCUUUAGAGCUUUACUGUUGCAACUAGAUGUGUACAUUGUAGGGGGAAAUUAUAUGAUGAGCUAAAUACAGUAUAUUAUAUUGAUUCUCAUCCUACAUUGCAACAGUAUUUUCAAUCAACAGAUUUCUAACUAAUAGGAUGACAGUUUGCAUGAAGUGUGACACAAUCAGUUUUACUUUCUUUUGAAUGGCAAACAAUGUAUACCAAAGAAUUCAGUUCACUGUUGCGCAUUGGCAAAAGAUCCAUUUAGACAUAUAUCUUUGCAUGAUAUUUUCUCAUUUUAUAUGGUUCCAAAAGCUUUAUCUCCAUUUAGGUUUUGAUUACUACUUAAUAAAUGGGUGUCUAUUAGACCACAAACCAAGAUGAAAGUUGUACACCGUUAGUGCUUUUAAACGUGCAUUGUUAUUUGUCAUUGAAGCAAAAAAAUACAGAUUUUUCUACAUUCUUUUUUACUUUUUCUCACUAGACGAGAAAUAUAUAUUAUUGUUAUUUCUAUGGGGUUUCGCAUACCCCAGUUUUGAGAAAGUACCAACUGAAUUUAGUUUUUUCCUAGAUGCCUAAAAUGUAUUAAUCUUUGAUAUGAAUGUGAAUACCCCUUUAAACUGUUGUAGAUGAGCAUUAGUCUGAAAACCUGUGUUAAAAUGUCAAGUUCAUAUUGUAUAUGGAAUAUUUUAGUUGUUUUUGCUUUUUAUUUACAUGUGUAAUCCUCUGCAUUGUUAUAAUGCCCGGUGACUGCAAUCCAACUCUCUGAUAACUAAAAAUUGGAAUAGACAAGUUAUUAUUGAGCAGUAGCAGUAUUGUUUUUGUCUUUUCAAUUUUGAUAAAGAGUAACCAUAGGGUUCUCAUUCUUAUAUAUGUUUUCAGAAUCAGAAUGUUCGAGAGGGUUCUGCAUUCUCGUAUUGGUUGUGAAAGUCCGAUAAGUGAUAUACCGUCUUCUACCUCAGGUUCCUCUUCCAGCUUUUGAUAGAGAUGUGAUGGAUGCUAUAGUCAGAGGGGGUCAGUGUUAUGCAAGAGAUGGAAGAACAAGUGAUGCAGAUCCAGUCCUGUGUCUCUUAAAUUUCAAAAGUUGUGUUCUCUUUUUAUUUUUUUUAUUUUUUACAUGUGAAUAUAAAGGGAUAAAGUGGAGGACUUGGUGUGAAUCAUAAUUAUCUGGUGUUCUGAGUCCUCUUUACUUCUGCAGUCACGUUUUUCUGUAAAGGCUGUGCUGCUGGCUUUAGCUGCAAUGGUGGAACGCUGUGGGUCAUUUACAGUUAAACUCAGGGGAACCCACAGCUGCUCCACAGUUGUAGUGAGAGUAGCUUUGGGACACAACAUUGGGAGUCCGUGUAACCAAUACACAGACUCACGUUGUUGUUUCAAAGUUAUAGUAAGAGCAGGCACAGGCCUUGAAAUUGAAUGUACCUUUUGUCAUUAUUUUGUAUUAAUGUUUUGUUUUCCUUUUUUCUGUUUGCUCUUUGAUCACUCACCAACAGCUUUUCAACAAGAUAUUCAGGCAAGCCUUGGUCCUUACUACAACUUUCUUCGUGACGGAAAUGUUAUAGCCUACUUGUCCAAUUAAAGUUACAAAUAAUUUAAACAAUAUAUUAUUCUCAGAAAGACUGAUUCUGAGUUUAAAUAAAAAUAAACAAUGUGAACUUU